UCUUUGAAGCUUACAUCCUAUCUCUAAUGUAUUGGAGCAGAUUCAAAUUCCUAGUAACUCAUUCAUACUUCGUUGUGUGCUAGACUACUUUGCAUGGGAUUUUUGAAUGUCUGUACUGCUAUUAACGUCGAGGAGUGCCCGUCGAGGACCCACUUCCCAGCAUCUGCACCCCAAAUUACACCAGCAAGCCAGUCAUGACUGGUCGACUGGGCUAUAUGGCCCAGCAAGGUCAUCUUCAAUCAGCCGUUGCGACUGUGGCAUAUUACGCAACACCACCAAAAGAGGAACCCUUUCUAAUGUCCCAGGAUUAUUUUCCCUGCCAGGAAUGGUAUGGGAGUGACGCCAUCAUAGGAACUGCAGUACUAGAACACCAGCCAAUCGACGUUAUCGACACUUUUAUAGCGGAAUCGGACUAUACCUCAACGAAAUGGGCACCAAAGAAUGAUAAUGACGCCUUUCAGCCGCAACAGUACGCUCAACUGUCACAGUCUGCUCCCCUGAGUUCGCCUAUGUAUUGGCCGAGUCCAGCCUGCUCAACUCCUGCAACGGUAGCGGCAUGGCAACCGCUUCUCGAAAGUCAGCAUCGGAACUCACUUGUAUUGAGUUCUAUAGCGACAAAAGAGGCAAAAAAGGGUUCACAAAGACCUCGACAUAUGGCCGGGGAUGAAGGCGAGACGAGCGACAAGCCGCGAAAACCUGUCAGAAAGAAGGCCAUUUCCAAAAAGGUUUGGACUUCUGCGAAGCGUUGUUGUGAGAAGGCAAAGAGAUACGAGAUUAAUCUUGUGAUGAUGAUGAUGAUGAUGAUAAUAUUUAACGCCCGUCAGGUCCAGUCUGUGUGGCACAAGGCGCCUGCUUAGCCUAUCUACUAUUAUUUACUAGCCUAGGAUUCCUCUACAGAAGGGAUCUUAGGCAUAAUAAUGUCCCUCUUUAACAGUAUAAAUCCCUUAUCUUAAGCCUAUAAAUUAGUGUUUUUUUCCUAAGAAUAUAUAUAAAGUUAAAGAUACUAGGUAAUAACUAUAUAGAAAAGUAUAAAGUUAAGUUAUAAAGUAGUAAAAGAGAAGGUAAAGGUUUAGUAAAGGUAGGUAUAUAUAUAACUAAAGGUAAAAGUAUAGCCUUAUUAAAAGGUAAAGAGGAAAGUAUAAGUAAAUAUAGUAAUAAAGAUAUAUAAGAAGG